AUGUCGAUUAAUAGCUUGAUUAAAAUGAAUCAUACUGCAUUAUUAAUUGAUAGGCUUAAGGUUAAACCUACAAGCCUUAUAGAAUGGAAACAAAUACAUUACAUAACAAACUAUCUUAAUAAUAAUAAGAAAGUGAAGAUAUAUAUAACUUUUGGAAGUUGGUAUGUCGAUGAAGACUUCCUAAGACUUGAAUAUAAGUCUGAUGGAACCUUAGCCGAUUGCGAUUUACCAUGUAUCUGGAAACAAGGAGAUCCACUUAGCUUAUCUCCUACAGAACUUCAAACGGUUGAUGCCCUAUUUAAUGUUAAUUCUCAACCAAGUGAGAAAGAAUGGAAAGGGAAAAAAAUCAUAAAACUUACUUUAGAGCCUAAGACAUAUUAUCCAAAUUUCCAUAUUAAUUAUGAAUUAUUUGAUAUUUAUUCGUCGUUUGAUGAAGAUUCGGAUUUACCGAUAAGUUACGUUCGAGUUGAUCCUGAAAUAUGGAGAACAAUAGAACCUUUUAACUUAACAAGGCUUUCCCCAAAUUCAACACUCAUCUCAUUUAUUGCUACUCGUAUGACUGAAUACAGAAGAACUUUUAUUCCAUCUCUUCAAGCUCAUAUAUCUGUCGCGUCUUUUGGUGUCAUACCUGUUAUAUGGGGUGUACCUAAUGUUCGUUCAUAUUUGCCACAUCCUAAAUCGGCUAUUUUAAUUGAAGACUUUUCAGACGUCGAAGCUCUUGCAAAUUACUUGAAAUAUUUGGCUAAAAAUGAAAAAGCAUAUUUAGAAUAUCACAAGUGGAAAACUAUGGAGUUUUCAGAUGAAUUCGAGAAAAAAUCAUAUAUUAGUCUGC